AUGCCCCCAAAAACCCCCCUCAUGAUUCUGGAGCAUAUGGAAAUUCCCACGGCACCAUUCGUCAUUGUUCCUGCGGCCUGGCCAGACCGUGACAGGCGGCCAAUUAACGAAAUUCUGAGCCGGUCUCCUCAUGCGGAGGCCUUGAAACGGUUCCCCCUCUGCAUCAAACCGAAUUGUGAAGGAUCAUCAAAAGGCAUCUACUCCUUCAGCAAGGUCCAUAAUCUCGCCGAACUUCAAGACGGGGCCCAAAAAUUAAAAACCAAAUAUCCAGAUCAGAGUAUCAUCAUCGAGAGUUUCCUAGCAGGAGAAGAAUACACGGUAAGUAUCAUCGGGAGCGGAAAGUCAGCCCGGAUUCUUGGAACAGUACAUCUGGACUGGGAAUCGGUGAGACCUGCCGAUGGGUGCUACAGUACCUCGGACUGGGCCCCCGAUGUUGAAGAUGAUUACCCCACCCGUGUUGUGAGUAGCAAGGAUAAUCCUAAGGUCCAGCAAGCCGAGGCACUUGCACUUCAGGCGUGGCAAGCUCUCGAGGGUCAGGAUAUUGGCAGAAUUGAUAUGAGAUGGGAUCUAGACGGCAAUCCAUAUGUUCUUGAGAUAAAUGCUAUUCCCGGUCUGCGGCCGAGCUGGUCGACCCUCACCAAGACAACAGAGGCUCAAGGUAUCAGCCAUCAAGAACUGAUUGAGGCAGUUCUGGAGAGUGCUUUGGAACGAUAUCCGCAGGCCAGAUGCAAGAACUAG